AUGGCACCACUCCUAACCCCACCACUGCCGCUCUCCUCCGCAGCCUCAGUGCCACCGAUGGUGCCGGCCAUCCCACACUUCGAGGAGGUCAAAGCAGAGCAGGAGAUGAUCAGCCAACGUCAGCAGCACCCACACCCUCGCAGCGAGGCCGCGCGGCGUUUACGCCGCGCCUUGGCCAACUCCGAUGACGACGACGCCGGCUCAAGCGGUCCCCACCACCCAGAGGCGAGCUGCGCGGGCGGCAAGUGCGACCAGACGGCGCGUCCUGGUGACUCGCGACAUCACCCGUGCCUGAGGGACGAGUGGGACUGUAGCGACGGCAGUGAAGAUGAGCUGCAAUCCCCUCUGCGGCGGCGCAGCGCAGCGAGUGGGUUCACCGACGAGGUAAGCGAGAAAGAUCGAAAGACAAGCUGUAGCGUCGGUGGCCACCUCGCCUGCGUGCCAGGUGACACGCUGAACCAGCGCUACACCCUCCUCAAGGUGCUUGGCGUUGGUCGCAGCAGCCGCGUGUGGCUCGCCGCCGACCUCGAGCAGUGCUCCUUGGCGCGUCGCCAGCUCAUCCGCGAGCUGGGCGAAGGAGAGGUGAGGCGCCUGUUCAGGACGUCGGAGCGGCCAAUGUUCGUCGCCAUCAAGGUGUUUCGCUGUGACACGGUGUGCGCGGAGUCCGCCCUGUACGAGCUGCAGCUCUCCACGUUCGUGAAGGAAAGCGUGCAGCAGCAGCAGCAGCAGCAGCGUUGCGCUCCCCCAAGCGCGUCGUAUUCCGCUUCGCUUCCGUCCUCGCUGACCGCGGUAGCGCCUGCGGGCGACGGGCACGGUGGGCAUCUCCAAGAGAGCAGCGACAGAGAAAAGUGCGGCACGUCAUGGCCUCGUGACGGUGCCGCGGGCCGCACUCGCGUAAACCUGGUCUCCCCUGCUGUGCCCCGCCUCCCGACCUCCUCCACACCGCGCAGCUGCCCCAGCACUGAGGUGGCAGGCGUUGCCCCCUCGGCCAACGUCGCAUUCGACAGGAGCGCCGCGGCGUGCACUACCGCUAGGGACCUCAGCAGUCGCCUCACGACGCUCCACCACGCCUUCGCCGUUGAGGGCGCCUUCGGGACUCAUCACUGCCUCGUCAUGGACGUACUCGGGGCCGGUGUCGACCGAGUGAUCAACGAGGCGCACCUUGACGGUCUCCCUUCCGCCGUCGCACGCUCCAUCAUGCAAUCGAGCCUUCAGGGGCUGGCAGUGCUGGCGGCCUGCCAUAUUAUUCAUACGAAUCUGAAGCCGGAGAGCCUGCUCUUCGCUGACCUCGAGGGCGACGUCACGGAGGAAAUGCGCACUUUCUACUCCGCGCAGCUGCACCCAAGCCAGCGCAACUGUCUCUGGAGGAGCAACUGCACGCACCGCUGUUGAACCCAUGAUGGAUUUCUCACGCCGAAGGGAGUGGGAGAGCCUGCUGCACCAGGGCACGGCGCCAUCCACGAUGGCGGAGAGGACGGAAGUAAACACGCACAGCGUCCGCGCCGCCAACCCCACCAGUGUGGGCUCGUCAAGUGAGCGCUCUGCCUCGUCUGUCACUGUACUCAGCACUGCCGCCGCCGCUGGCCACGAUACACUACGCAGCAGCAGGCGCGACUUUCGGGUCUUCCAGGCUACGACAGUGGCUUCAGUCGUGUCGCGGAGCCGUGGAGAGUGGUGCCGUCGAGACUCGGUGGAGCGAGUGUGUCAGCACAGUCACCAUCACCACCGAUGCUGGAUAUCGGCAUGAUGAAGGACUUGAUCGGCAAGGCAGAGCCUCAUGCGCUGGAGCUACAGGAACCGCAAAGCAGCAACGCCGAUGGCGGCGGCUGUGCAGCGGGCCUGGCGGCCAACGAAUGCGACGAAGACAAGGUGACAGAUUUUGCCAGCGUGCCGGAUGUGGGAGCAGGCAUAGCCGCUCGCCACGCCGCCGCCGCCGCCGCAGCAGCAGCAGCAACCGCAACGCCAGUACAUCAUCAGACCACCACCAUCACGACGGACUCGGGGGUGGGAGACGAGCUGCUGCUGCUGCCGCCACCGCCGCCAGCCAUACUGCGAACGGCGCUGGCGAGUCGUGCGGCUGGUUCAGGAAGUGGCCAAAGCACAUCGCUGGCAGCGGUGCGAUCAGGACUUUCCACUUGGCGCUUGGAUGGCAGCUGGGCCACACUGCAGCAUUCAAUAACCGAGUCGACCCGCUUAGAGAGGGUUGCCGUCGCAGCUCGCAACAGCGACAACGGCGCUACGCCACCAGCAGCUGCGACAGUGCUACGACGCCUCGAAUGCGAGAUCAUUCGCCAACAGAACUACCACCGCGGCGCCGUCAUCCAGAGUCGCGAGUACCGCGCGCCGGAGGUGCUGCUUGGGAAUUUUUGUCUCCCCUCCUGCGAUGUCUGGUCGAUGGGCUGCAUCGCGUACGAGCUGGUGAGUGGGCGCUUCCUGUUCGACUGCAUCGCGGACCGCGAGUGCUUUGCGACGGCAUCGUUGCGGCAACAACAGCAGCAGCAGCAGCAGCAGCUGCGACAAGGAACGGAGCGGGACCACACCAGUGACAGCAACGUCGGCGAUAAGGGUACGCCGCAGCGCCAGGACAAGCGGGACGGGCAGCCCAUCUAUCUCGAGGACGCGGAACAGGACCUGGACGUGUUUCACCUCAAGGCAAUCAUGCGGCUGCUCGGGCCACCGCCAGUGAGCCUCUUGCGUCAGCAGCCGAUGGGGCUCUUCGUCGACAACUUCUUCGACAGCCGCGGCGACUUCCGCGCUUCUGGGAGCGCGGCGAGGCCGAGGAGGCCGGCAUACAUUUGGCUGGCCCAUACCGCCAGCUAG